AUGGGAGUCGCGCAUCUGCGGUCACGACCUCCUUUCCAGGUUCAACAGGACCCUGUGCUCCCCGCUGGCAUGAUGCUUGGGAAGAGCCUGGUACUCACAGCCUGGUUCGCCCUGGCUGUGGCUUACCCCGUCAUACGCCAGGAAUUAAUUGGCGACCUAAACUUGAUCACUAACCUUGAGUUGAUCAAUGAAUUUGAGUUGACCACUGAACUAGAGUUGGCCAUCGCAGAAUCCAUUGCCUUCCUGGAAUCCCUCACUGACCUGGAGUCUACCGCGACCCCUGAGUCCCCCAUUGACCUGGAGUCUACUGACACCCUGGAGUCCAUCGCUGACCUGGAGCCCACCAUGACCUCAAAGUGCCCCACUGAUCUGGAGUUCACUGCCACCCCCGAGUACCCUGCUGACUUGGACUCUACCGUGACCCUGGAGUCCACUGCCACCCCAGAGUCCCGCAUUGACCUGGAGUCCACUGACACCUUGGAGUCCACCUUGACCCCAAAGUGCCCCACUGACCUGGAGUCUACCGCAACCCCAGAGUCCCCUGCUGACCUGGAGUCCACCUUGACCCCAAAGUGCCCUACUGACCUGGAGUCCACUGCAACCCCAGAGUCUCCUGCUGACCUGGAGUCCCCUGAUGAUCUGGAUUCUACAGCGACCCCAGAGUCCCCUGCUGAUCUGGAAUCCACCUUGACCCCAGAGUCCACCGCUGACCUGGAGUCCCUCACUGACCUGGACUCCACUGCGACCCUGGAGUCCCCCACUGACCUGAAGUCUCCUACUGACCUUGCCUCCAUUAGUGAUGUGGAAUCGACCAUGGGUGUGCAUUUUGAGGACACACAGGCUUUCCAAGAUGUCACUGCGGCUGAUUCAGAAGAGCCCAUAACUGGAAGACCAGAUGAGCUGAGCACCUCUGUGUGAAGCAACGAGUCCAUCUCAGUACUUUUUUGAAAUGAAGCUGAUUUUCCAUUAGUUGUGAACAUCACUCUUCUAACCAAAAGUUUUUAAGAAGAUCCUGAGCUACUGAACAAGGCUUCCUUCCAUUAUAGGAGACUGAUUAACUGAAAAGGACUAGUAAGACAUAAGAUGUACCAGCUGAGGAUAAACUGAGUGGCGGGACUUAAUACCCACACAGAGGAGGGCUAUCUCUUAACCAUGUCCCAUCUCCUAGGGGCUCAA